ACCCAGGAUAAAUAAGUUGCCCGAGGUCAUACCAGUAAGCCAGCCGAGAUUGAACCCUGAGUCCAUCUGACACGCCUAUAUUCCUCUCAAACCGAAAACCUGACCGUGAGAAGCCUGACCGCGAGGUGAUGCGGGAGAAGCCGAGAUCUUGGAAAGGCUGCAUCUCAGCUCUGCCCUCUUUGCGCAGUUGCCACCUCCCACCCCUCGUGUAGUAAUCUGCAGCCACCUGCCAGGGCUCCUGCAACAGACCAGACUGUAGUUCACCAGAAGGGGCUGUCUUCAUACCCACCAAGGACAAUUUCAGGAGGCAGCCGUCUCAGGUCAGUUUUGAACAGUCCAGGGGCUGCGGCUACCACUACAUCGAGGUUGCUGUGUGUCUGUGGCAGACGCUUGUAAAAUGACUCGACCCUGCCCAUCCUGGUAGAGGACAGGAAACAAAUGCAUGUGGGCCGAUACAGGUGACCGUGCUGAGGUCCUUACAGAACAGGCAGAAGCAGAGUUCCAGAGCUGGAGGUGGUCUCAUGGGCACAGUUGCUCUACGAACCCACCUUGCUCCAGCUGCCUUGGCUACACAUCGGCAGGGAUGGUUGCCUGUUUCCCACCUUGGCUGUGUGCCUGGAGUCGGGCCCCAACUGGCUGGUCCUUACCACACUCAUCCUCUUCUCAUUUUCAUUUCCUUUCUUCCUAUUCAAUAUAUUCCAAAAAAAAAAAAAAAGUUGGGGUGCCUGCUUUGUGAGAGGCAAGGAAGUGGCCAGGUAGAUGCUCCCACACAAGGUGAUUGUGUGAAGCUUUUUCAUAUAAAUUUCGUAUAAAUUCCGGAAUUCCAUAUAAAUUCCAUAUAAAUAAAAAUCUCACCCAGUUCUCAUGGCAACUCUGCAAAGUGGCAGUGUGUUUUACAGACAAAGAACAGCUGAGGAAAGUUAAGUGAUUUGGCCAAGGACACCUAGCUAGAAAAAGUUCCCAGUUCUUCCAAAAUCGAUGCAUUUUCAUAUUUUAUUAGCUACAGGCCACGCCCUUACACCUUCCUGAAUGUUCCUCCUACUGAGCCAGUACGGUAGACCCUUUUCCAGUUUUGUGGAUGAGAAAACAGGCCCAGAGGUAACCAAUUUACAAAUGGUCAAAAAACUAACAGAGCAGCAGAUCUAGGCUUUAAACUCUCUAAUUCUCAGGUGCCUCCCUGAGUGGAACGGGAGAGGAUAUGGUGGGAUUUUUUUGAGACCAUAGAUGGUCAUUCCCUACUUCCUCGUUCAUGGGCCUCUCCUUAAGGCCAGUCCAAAAGUCUGCCUGUCAGAUGAAAAGAUGGACAUCGCGGUGGUGUGGAGGCAAGAGCAGGAGGGUGGGCCUGUGAUCAGUUCCCUCCCAGCCACAGGCCACAUCCUUGAGUGGCCGUCACCCACCCUAACAUCCUGGUUAGAACCUCCACUCUGGCUCCCUCAGCCCUCCACGCCAGGUGCCGCAGGAGUUAAAUCUCAAACCACCCUUUCCCGGGAGAAAGGGAGAACCUGAGCCCAGGUGUGCUCAAGGCCCCAGAAAAGGCUGCAUUGUCUGUGAAAUAGCGGUUUCGCGUUAAAAGCCUCUGUCUCCAGGACUGCUAAGCCCCUCAUGGGGAGGCAGGGAAUGGGUGGUUAUUUAGAUGCUAAUGAGCUGAGAUUUUUAUUAAUUUAAAUUCAAAAAAAAGUUUGGUUUUUUGGCCACGCCACACGGCUUGUGGGAUCUUAGUUCCCCAACCAGGGAUGGAACCCGGGCCCUCAGCAGUGGAAGCAUGGAGUCCUAACUACUAGACCACCAGGGAAUUCCCUAAAUUUAAAUUUUAAUGACUGAUUUAAACAUACUAAUCAAAGGGGGUUCUAUCGGAGAUUCUUUAUCCUAGCCGAGUGGUUCUUAAGUUUAGGGUGUGCAUCAGAAUCACCUGGAGGGCUCGUGGAAACAGGUUGCUGGCCCCCUACCAUGGAGUUUCUGAUUGGGUAGAUGAGAGGUGGAGCCUGAGAACUGGCACGUCUCACACAUUUCCAGAUGAUGCUGAGGCUGCUGGCCUAGGGACCACACUUGCGGAACCACUGUCCAGGUCCUGCUACACAAAGCGUGGUUCCCAAACCAGCAACAUGGGUAUCGCCUGGGAGUUGUUAGCAGUGCAGAAUCUUGAGCCCCACUGAACCAAAAUCUGCUGUUUAACCAGAUCCCCAGGGGAUUCCUCUACACAUUAAAGGUUGGGACACUCCAAGGCAGUGCGUCCCAUACUUGCUAGUCAAAGGAAUCUCUUGGAGGGUUUUAAGAUUCAAAUGUUGGGGCUGCUCCUCUGGUGACUUGGAUUCAGAAGAUGUGGGGGAAUCCCAGGAAUCAGACUAACAGGCCCCUCAGGUGAUUAUAAUAGACCAGGUAAGCUUGGGAAACUCCUGCUCAUUUAGCUUGGUUCUGUGUUCCUUGGAUCAGACCAAGCCACACAGUCAGAGAGAAACCUCUCCCUCCAGGAUCAUGACGAGGCAGCUGCUUCUCCCCCAUAAACCGGAACUUGGGGAAGGUGGCUCCUCGAUGGUCUGUGAUGCCGUCAGAGGAAACGGGUGGUUGUGAGAACCACAGAGCCUGCAGAUGUGAGCUGGGAGCCCCAAGGACCCUGUGACAGAGCUUGAAGAGCCCUGGGCCUGCUUCCUGGCCUGGCUGUGCUUGGGAGGGCCAGCCAGUUGGAGGUGGGGCUCCUUUCCCAUCCCCGGGGUACAGACUGCUGACCACGGGCAGAUGCCAAGCUCCCCAAAGCAAUAUCGAGAGCCUCUCCCUGAAGACUCCCAGGCUGAGAGGGUCCCGGGUGACCUAGGACGAAGGACAUUGGCCGACUUCCAGAAGGGGCCCCCCAAAGCCCUAACCUCUUCAGCUAAAGCAUGCGUCUUAGCCGUGCCCCUGCCCCAAGCCUCUGAUGACAGGAAAACACAUCUCUUUCAGAUUUCUCUUGGUGAUGCACUUCUGAGUGUUCUGCUGAGGAACGAUGGGAAGUCAGCCCAGCAGGGGGAAAGCCCUUCCAAGCCCAAGCCUGAGCCCCUGUGUGCAAGGCCAGGGGCCUGAGCCCAUGCAAGCAGAGAGGAGCAAGGCCAAAGCUGUGGCCUUGGGCAGUUUCCCAGUAGGCGAGCAGGCAGAGCUGUCUCUGAGACUGGGGGAGCCAUUGACCAUCAUCUCUGAGGAUGGAGACUGGUGGACGGUGCUGUCGGACAUCUCAGGCAGAGAGUACAUCUGCCCCAGCAUCCACGUGGCCAAAAUCUCCCAUGGGUGGUUAUAUGAGGGCCUGAGCCGGGAGAAAGCUGAGGAACUUCUGCUGCUGCCUGGAAACCCAGGAGGGGCCUUCCUCAUCCGGGAGAGCCAGACCAGGAGAGGCUGUUACUCCCUGUCGGUCCGCCUCAGCCGCCCUGCAUCCUGGGACCGGAUCAGACACUACAAGAUCCAACGCCUUGACAAUGGCUGGCUGUACAUCUCACCACGCCUCACCUUCCCCUCACUCCAGGCCCUGGUGGACCAUUACUCUGAGCUGGCGGAUGACAUCUGCUGCCUACUCAAGGAGCCCUGUGCCCUGCGGAGGGCCGGCCCACCCCCUGGCAAGUCCAUACCUCUACCUGUGACUGUGCAGAGGACACCACUCAAUUGGAAAGAGCUGGACAGCUCUCUCUUGUUCUCUGAAGCAUCUGCCACAGGGGAGGAGUCCCCCCUCAGUGAGGGACUCCGGGAGGCCCUUAGCUCCUACAUCAGCCUGACUUAUGACAUCUCCUUGGACGAUGCCAAGGCCCAAAGCAGAGACCGAAAGGGGAACCAAGGCUGCAGCACCUAGAACCCCAACUCAGCUCAGCCUGACUGAGCACCCCAGAGGCAAAGACUGUGCAGAGUGAGGGGAGGGCUGGGACACAGAGGCACAGCCAGAGUGCCACCUCUAUCCUCUGUUCCUUCCUCUCUCAGCCCUAAGAAGUCACCUAACCUCCUCCCAGUGCCAUGACCCGACCUACAGCCUCUAGUUCAAGUAAAGACCAGUUAAGAACAGGGCCAGGACUCCAGAGAGACUAGAUGUCCUCGGUGUGACCCAGCCAGUUCCCGAGUUUGGGAGUCCCAGUACCACCUUCCUCCCUCUGCCUGUCGAGUCGAGUCUCAUUCUACAUCCCCACAACCACUCGCACAAGGCAGAGAACGCCCACUA